AUGACGAGUGACGCGUUAAAAGCUCUAGUGACCCGAGCCCUUGAAAACGAAAACCUGGAAAAAUACGAACUAAAAUUUCGUGGAGGCAACGAAAAAGGCGAAGGCUACAUAGGCGAGUUGACUUUUGUGGAUGUUUUAGGCGAAAAGUCAAAUGGCGAGGCGAUUUGCUACAGCUUAGUGUUGAAAAUUGGGGGAAAAAAUAAAACGAUGCGGCCUAUAGUGAGACUAGGCUUUGAGCGUGAAGUUCAAAUCUAUGCCCAAGUUAUACCAGCUUUUUGGAAGUUACAAGCAAACUUCAAUAUGGAUUUAUUUAGCUCAAUCCCUAAAUGUUACCUAACACUUCUUAGUGAUGAGCAAGAGGCCUUAGUGUUGCAAAACCUUAAAUCAACAGGCUUUAAGCUUUACAAUAGAAAAUCAGUAAUGACUCUGGACCAUAUGGGACUAGUUUUGAAGUUAUUGGGCCAAUGGCACGCUCUAUCUUUUGCCCUAAAGGCCAAAAACCCCCAGCAAUUCAAUGAGUUAACAGCUGCCUGGAAAUGUCCAGCCAAUGAGAUUUUUGUAAAUAGUCAUGUGGGUCAUUGGAUGAAUGUAGCUCAAGAACAUUUACUCUAUGUUUUAAAAGAGAGCAAAGAACUUGAGCUAUUGAAGAAAUACCAAGAGAAAACACAAAACAAAUUAGCCACAAAUAUAAUCAAAGAAAUAUUAUUUAUGGAAGAGCAACAAAUUGUUAUUACGCAUGGGGAUUGUUGGAACAAUAACCUAAUGUUCAAAUACCAGGCAAAUUCACCUACUGAUGUAACAAUGUUUGACUUCCAAAUUUCAAACUUAUCAAGUCCUGUUUUGGAUUUGAGCUACUUCAUCUAUGCAGUAUCAUCGGAGGAACAACUGCAACAUUUUCAAGAAUUUUUACAAAUCUAUUAUCAAAGUCUAUCGCAAUAUCUUAGUCAAAUGGAUUGCGAUCCACAAAAGAUAUUUUCUUUUGCAGACUUGCAGAAUCAUUGGAAAAAAUAUGCUGCUUAUGGGGCGAUGAUAAGUCCUUUGACUGUUUGCGAUAGUUUAGUAGACAAAGAGGAUGCGGUUUGUUAUGGAAAUAAGCACGAGAAAUAUGAGAGUAUUAUUAAAAGUGUUGAAGGCAAAAGAAACGUGGCGUUUUGGGCAAGGCUUAUAGCUGUUGCCAAACAUUUCACCUAUGAUAGUUAUUAUUGAAAAUAAAACUUAUUAAUUAAAUUAUUGACUUGUUUGUUUGUUGGAUUCUACAGCAAAGUCCCCCAGAGUCAGAAAAUUUUAGAAUUAAUGCUAGCAAGUCCCCCAG